GCACGCGAGUCGUACUUGCAGAAAGCCGUAUAUUAAGGCUACCGUCAUGUUGAAGCAUGUGCUGCAUGUCCUUGUACUUAGUUAACAUCAUGUCAUGAUCCUUGGUAGUUGUUCUUUUUCUCCUUCAAAAGCGGGCCAAGGUGGAUGUGCCCAGGGAAGUAGAUGCUAACGCGUUAGCUCUAAGUAUACGUGGAAGAACAACGUAUUCGUGGCGCAGAAUUCGAAAUGGAAAUACCGCUUACCUUCUGGAUGCCAGAUAUUAUAGCGAAAAAACCGGGAGUCGCUGGCUUGUCAGAAGACCACAAAUCUUUACCCGGCUACAGCAAGGGAAACCCAAAGCAGUUUUCCCUCGAAUUACUAGCCGCCCAAGAGCUUGGUCUUAUCGUAAAAGUUAUGCUCACUUUAGUACACUGCACUGCUUAAUCUACUUAAGUUAGUACUAAAAAGUAAAAAUACUAAGUAAGCUGCUACGUGGUUCGAAUGAAUGAAUGAAUGAAUGAAUAAGCAAGAGCUCUCUUGAGACGAGAGUUGACAAUUCCCAUGAAAGACCGAACAAGUUUUUUUAAGUAGAACUAGGAGUAGAUUCUAAGAAGUAAUUUGCACGACCUGGCGACGUUCGCUUUAAAGUAGAGAUAUUGCCUAAAGAUAAGCAACUGGACUGCAAAUUACUUCUUUUUAGAAUGCAGAAAAACAAAAGAAUCGGGGUGCGGAUUUUUACUUCUUAGAGAUAAGCCUGUAUACUGGACUGCAAAUUACUUCUUAGAGUCUACUUCCUUUCCCUAAAAUCUACCUCCACUUCUACUUGUUAGAAUGUCCUCCUACUUCUACUCGUUAGAGUCUCCUUUACUUCCUCUUGUUCUUAGAGCCUAGUACUUUACUUCCUCUUGUUCUUAGCGUCUACUUUACUUCCUCUUGUUCUUAGAAUCUACUUUACUUCCUCUUGUUCUUAGAGCCUACUUUACUUCCUCUCGUUCUUAGAGUCUACUUUACUUCCUCUUGUUCUUAGAGCCUACUUUACUUCCUCUCGUUCUUAGAGUCUACCUCUACUCCUUUGCUAAUUUGCGGCACGAGCGUUCGCAGGUUGCUGUCGGGAGGCAGAUCAUCAGUGGCUACACCUCCACUGACGACGUUUUCGACGUCACGUAUUCUUAAGGCUUCGCCUAAUGGACAUCCCUAUGGACAUCCCUCAACAGUAUGCACCCCAAUAGAUACCAGAGAAAUAGUAAGGCAACCAGUUGUCGGCUUCUAGUAGUAGUCAACUAGAUACCAGAGAAAUAGUAUGUUGACGGGAUCCCUAGACAGGGAUGAAGGGGAGGCUCUAAGAUUCCGGUCCUGGGAAAAUCUCUCCGAACGGCAAGACACAGGCCGAAGAAUACUUUACCUCGACUAAAAAGUUUAAGGCUAGAAGUUUUUCACUAUCGAUCCCCUGUGGACUUGUUCUAUGGCGAGUGUCGAGUGGAUAGAUAGUUCCCUCUUAUUAUCAAUUUGACGAGGAUGAAGAUUCUGUUUUUGAGCCGCCCUGAGGGGGAGAGAGGGAAGCUGCCACUCAACUACUUAGAACUACGGAUAGUAGAAAUAAAACUAGCGUUAAAAAGUUCACGACGCCGCCAUCGGCUGACACAAGUGGAGGUGCAGCAGCCCUUGCAGCUGACAAAAAUCAUGGAAAAUGGAGACGCAUGCCUACAGUGUUCCUGAAGAUGCUGCGUCAGAGGUGGCGUGACAUCCUGAAGUUAAGGAAGUUCAUCUGUUAUCUCCAUUUACCAGCUUCUUGAAUCUGGAAGUUUAACACGCCUUCAACAACAAGUUGUAGCUUCUAUCUAAUCUGGAUGUUUAACAUUAACACGAUGAUGAUGAAUAUUGUUGAAGACUUGGUUAUUCCUAGGAAAUUGUUCGACUUUAACCAGGGGAACUUUGAAAAGAACUUACUCAACAAGGAUAGACUACUUUAACGAUAUAUUUAAACUUGCAAGCAUGUGGCCAGAUGAUAUCUUCUCUCAACUUCUUGUUGCCAUCGUGUGGAGUAGUAGAGUUUUGCAGUAGAAAUUCGGUUUGAAAAUUUAUCUCUACCAGAUGGAGCGCUACAGCUCUACUCCCAACUGAUAUUUAUGAAGAUUCACAGAUCUAAUAAAUGGUCGUAAACUACUAAAAGCUCUAAUAAAUGGUCUUUUUUCUGAUGAGUGCAAGGACAACCUGUUUCCCAUAGAGAAAGGGCAGCAAAUUCCGGACUCCUAUGGACAUAAUGAAGACGCGGAGUAUGAUCCGGCCUUUAUGGUGGAGGAUUUAAAUUGUAAUCGGCUCGCUGUAGAUCUACUAGAUCUAGAUGCUACCACGACCUACUACAACAUCAACUUCAACAUCAACAGCUAAGUACUUCUAGAACCGCCUCCAUUAAGCUCUAUUUUUACUUGUCAACAUCAUCAUCUACUUCUAGAACCGCCUCCAUGAAGCUCUAUUUUUACAUGUUAGCAAGUUAGACAUUCCGUCUUCGUCUAGUGUAAGUUCUGCCCCUUUAUUUGCUUUUCAUCUCUCGCUUACCCUUCUCGUUUUACCUAAAGAUCGUCUCCAGUUGUAGAUUUUCCUGCAGUAAAUGCUACAAGAAGAACCUGAACCUCCAAGAGCAUUUCUCUUCUAAUAACGCUGCUACAGGUGAUGUUGCCCCUGCCCGUUGGGGAAAGGACGAUCCUCUAUUUCGUACUUUGGACACGAAUGACAUGGACAAGCACAGGGCCGGUUGUUUUACUUUACCUCCAGGCAUUGAGAAAG